AUGGAUAGGAAAGAGAUUGCUGCUUCUCAGCAUGAUAGCAGUGGCAGAGCUUCUCUAUCAUGUGGUGGCAUUGCACCGAGUCCUUCUGGAUUGCUGGCAUCGGAGGUCUUUGUAGUGAAUUCCACUACAUCAGAGUUUAGGCAUCGAAAAGUGGCUGUUGGGAGUGGAGGCAUCGGAGAAACCACUAUUGGGAAUGGAAGUAGUUCACCACCGACUAUAGCGAAUUCGAGCGACGUCGAUCUCAGAGUACCACCGUGGCUAGACGUUGUGAGUGGUCGUUACAGUGUAGUAGCAUCAUGCGACGCUAUAGAUGUGUUAACCUCAGCUCAUGACAACGAUCGGUAUGGGAAGUUGAUUAUUGAGGAAAGCGGGGUGGGCCCUCUAUUGAAGUUGGUGAAUGAAGUGAAUUCCACUACAUCAGAGCUUAGGCAUCAAAAAGUGGCUGUUGGGAGUGGAGGCAUCGGAGAAACCGCUAUUGGGAGUGGAAGUAGUUCACCACCGGCUAUAGCGAAUUUGAGCGACGCCGAUCUCAGAGUGCCACCGUGGCUAGACGUUGUAAGUGGUCGUUACAGUGUAGUAGCAUCAUGCGACGCUGUAUGA